GUGUUUAUGCCAACCAAGUUUUGUGACUAUGUACUUUUACCAAUAUUCCGUUUUUUUCAUUAAGAGAUCGUUAACGUUUAUUAAACGAUGUAAAUAACGAAUCUAAGAUUCGUUGGAGUUUGUUGCAGCGCGCUUCUCACCAGUUCGGUUGCACUAGACUUGUUGGCAUUCUCAUCGUUUAACCUACCAAAUUAUCUUGUUAAUUAAAUGAAUUUCCACGUAUUAGGUUUUCAGAGAAAUAGAUUAAUUUCAGUGUUGACUUUUUACGAUAAUUAAGUUUACCGUAUGAAACGUGUUUAGCCGAAUUUUUUUGAGUCUGUCGUACGAAAUGAUAGAAUGAGAUGCGAGGUCCUUUUAGAACAAAUAGAAAAGCAUUAGAACGGAAUUGAAACAGUGUAUCGCCGAAAAUGAGUGAGAGUACACCAGUUAAUGAUAUGCCUGAAAGCAAUGGUGGGUCUGAACAGGCUGCGUACAACGGAGAAGCAGAGGAACAUGCAAACAAAUCACCGGCGAGUGUGGAAGACAAAACACCUGAUUCUGUAUGCGACAACGGAGUCAAAAAGAGUAACGCGAUUCCCGUAGUUGUGAGCAAUACUAAUAUCACAACGAGUAGAGCUAAAAAGAGGAAAAAAGCUCCCAGAGAUGCCACUGCCCCUAAACAACCAUUGACCGGCUACUUUAGGUUUCUAAACGAUCGGCGAGAGAAAGUAAGAAGCGAUAAUCCAACCCUCUCGUUCGCCGAGAUUACAAAACUCCUCGCGUCAGAAUGGAGUAAUCUGCCUGCUGAUCAGAAACAGCAGUAUUUAGAUGCGGCUGAGCAAGAUAAGGAACGUUAUAAUCGCGAAUUUAGCGACUACAAACAGACGGAAGCGUACAGAUUGUUCAGUGAGAAACAGUCUUCCGAGAAACAGCAAGAAACUAAAAAGGAAAGGAACGGGACUGAUAUAAGUUCCGAACAAAAUGAUAUUCAACAAGAUAAAGAUAACGACUUUACGGGUUUCGAUAUACCUAUUUUUACAGAGGAAUUUUUGGAUCAUAACAAAGCGUGCGAGACGGAGUUGAGACAAUUGAGGAAAGCUACUUCGGAUUACGAGGCUCAAAAUGCGGUGCUUCAACGACACGUGGAUAGUUUGCACGCGGCCGUGAAUCGCUUGGAAUCUGAAACAAACCAACAACGUACAACAAAUCAGGCCUUACAGCGUCAUUUGGAUUCGCUUCGUUCUCAGCUAGCUGGCUGUUUCGCCACGGUAGCUCUGCCAGGUACGAUUUAUUACGAUAAUUGUUUUAAUCGGUAUCGUUCGCGUUAUACAUUAUGCUGUUUUUCGUCUUUAGGAACAAACGAAGGUGCAACGUUGCAGAAUAUAGAUAGUUACGUUGAGAGACUAGAAUCGUUAUUGAACAGCAACGCUGAAUUGUCUUUAAGAAAUGCUGUCAGCAAAGCCGUGUCCCGUUUCGAAUUAAUUGGAUGACGAUCGCCAACCGGUAGUACAACUACUACAAUAAAACAUCAUCGUUCAAGACAUUCACAUCGAAAAUAAACAGAAAAUUUUGUUCUUUUUUUACGAAUUUUAUAAGAUAUGGAUUUUUUCUUGAUUGGGCCCAGCCCACGGUUUAAUAAUCAAUACGCUGUAUUUGUAUUUUACAUUGACGCACUGGUCGAAUUAUGGUUUUAGAAUCAUGUAUUGUGUUUUUUUAAAAUCAGUAAUUUAUAAGUGCUAAUUACAUGCAAUUAUGUUACAAUCAUCCGUUUCUGCAAUUUAUAUGUAAUCAAUUUGUAGCGUGAAAAGGUGUCGUUACGAUACUAUUGAAUAUUUAUUAAUAAAAUUUUUUAAUUUACCACUUA